ACGUGAUGGGCAUUUCACCUCAUAGCGGUGAGUCCUUGACAGAACGCAAAAAAUACGGUCUGACUGAAUUCGGAACCUAAGGCUUCGGUUGGGAGACAACACAGCUUAGCAGAUCAUCGUUUCUAGUUAGCUUUUCUUCUAAAAGAAACGAUUCAUACGAAAGUGGCUCAGGUUGCUCUUUUUUUCUCCCUCACCCCUUAUCCUAUCUGUUUUAUUUUAGUUGUUUUUAUUUUGGAGCUGCAACUCGGGGAGUGUUGAAAUCUGAGGUUGAGCACAACUACUUCAAUGGUUUGGGGUCACCUGGUGCCCACUGACGGACAGAAAGGCCCUGGAGUUUACAGAGCACACCAAAAGGAAACAUGAGCACAGCCAAGCCCAGUGGUCUCAAAGCGCCUAGCAAGAUAGGCAAGCCGACAGGAGCGUCAGCCACUAAGACAACCCUUUCUGCUGGCCAAAAGGUAGCAGCAGCUGACAAAUCCGCUCCAGUUGACAGUGCCGCAGGGGCACAAGAUGUCGGGCAGAACUUUCAGGUGGGCGAACGGGUGUGGGUGAAUGGGAACAAACCUGGCGUGGUGCAGUUCUUGGGGGAGGCUCAGUUUGCACCAGGACAGUGGGCUGGCAUUGUGUUGGAUGAGCCCAUUGGGAAAAACGAUGGUUCUGUGGCAGGGGUGCGCUACUUCCAAUGUGAGCCCCUGAAGGGUAUAUUCACCCGCCCCUCCAAGCUGUCUUACACCGAGGGUGAGGCCAACGGAACUCAGACCGCGCCUCAGUCCCGGGCUGGGUCGCCCACCCCCUCCACCGCCAGCGUGGCCUCUCACACCCCGUCCGUCAAAAAGGCCCCGGCCACGACGCCUGCCACGCCAGCCUCCAACCUGGCACGCACAAACAGCGAGUCUGUCUCCAACCUCUCGGACACAGGCUCGGUCAAGAAGGCAGAGAGGGAGCUGAAGAGUGGAGACCGUGUUUUGGUUGGUGGCACAAAGGCUGGUGUAGUUCGCUUUCUUGGUGAAACCGACUUUGCCAAGGGAGAGUGGUGUGGUGUUGAAUUGGAUGAGCCACUUGGAAAGAAUGAUGGUGCAGUGGCAGGAACCAGGUACUUUCAGUGCCAACCCAAGUAUGGCCUGUUUGCCCCCGUUCACAAGGUCACACGUAUCGGCUUCCCCUCCACUACACCAGCCAAGGCAAAGACCACGGUGCGGAAGGCUGGGGCCACGCCCACUGGCCUGAAGCGCAGUCCCAGUGCCUCCUCAAUCAGCUCAAUGAGUUCUGUGGCGUCCUCUGUCAGUGCUAAGCCUAGUCGAACGGGCCUGCUGACAGAAACGUCAUCACGGUACUCAAGGAAGAUCUCUGGCACCACAGCGGUUCAGGAGGUUCUCAAGGAGAAGCAGCAGCACAUCGAACAGCUUAUGGCUGAGCGGGACAUGGAGAGAGCGGAAGUGGCCAAGGCAACCACCCAUGUGGGAGAGGUGGAGCAGGAACUAACCCUGUUGAGGGAGGACCAGGAGCAGAUGGAGGCCAAGAUGGAUCAAUUACGUACCCUGGUGGAGGCUGCCGACAAGGAGAAGGUUGAGUUGCUCAAUCUGCUGGAAGAGGAGAAGAGGAAGGUGGAGGACCUUCAAUUCCGUGUGGAAGAAGCUUGCAUUACCAAAGGAGACCUGGAGACGCAGACCAAACUGGAGCAUGCCCACAUUAAGGAGCUUGAACAGAGUCUGCUCUUUGAAAAGACCAAAGCUGAGAAACUCCAGAGAGAUUUAGAAGACACUAGGGUGGCCACGGUGUCUGAGAAGUCCCGCAUCAUGGAGCUAGAGAGGGACCUGGUGCUGAGGACCAGGGAGGUGGCGGAUUUGCGUCUGCGUCUGGAGACCCAGCACGGGUCUCAGGGCUCCGACUCCAUUACCUCCCCUCUCCUGGAGGAGGUGAGCUCUCUGCGGGCUCAGCUGGCCUCUCAGGAAGACCAGUACCGGGCUGAGCUGACUGAGAUGAAGGAGAAGAUGGCGGCGGAGGAGAAGGCCCACAAUGAGGCACUGGCUCAGCUUCACGUCUCGUCCACCAAAAUCUCCACGGACAACGAGCAGUUGAAGCUUCGCCUUAGCCAGAACGAGAAGGAGAAUGCAGAAGUUAUAGAGCUUUGGCGCUCCAAGCUGGAGUCUGCCAUCGCCUCGCACCAACAGGCCAUGGAGGAGCUGAAGGUGUCCUUUAGCCAAGGGGCUAGCUCCCAGGCGACAGAGCUGGUGGAGACCAAGAGUGCCCUGGAGAGGCUGAAGGCGGUGCACAUGCAGGCACUGGAGGAAACUGAGGCCAGGUUUAAGGCAGAGUCUGCAGCUCGGGCACAGGAGACAGGGGAGCUGAACAAACAGCUGUUGGUUUUGUUGGAGGAGAAGGAGCGCCUGGAGGAAAGCCUGCGAUCCAGUGUGGAGAGUGCUGAGGAGCAGCACCUUGUGGAAAUGGAGGAUGUGCUGGGCAAACUAUACUCUGUUGAGCAGAAGGUAAAGGAGCAGGAGGCUAAGCUUGUCCAGCAGUCCCAGGAAAGGGCCAAGGAGGUCCGGGAGCAGGCAGAAGCUAUGGAGGCCCUGCGUAUCCAGUCAGGCCAAGGUAACGAAGUGCUAGAGAGCCUUAGGACCCAGCUGAAGGAGGCUGAAAGACAAGCCUGCUCACAGGGCAGCAAGGUCAGUGAGUUAAUCUCUGAGCUGGAGGGCAAGCAGCAGGAGCUUCUCUCCCUGCAGAAGAGUCUGACCUCUGUGAAACAGGACAAGGGUUCCCUGGAGCAAGAGCUGGGUGAUGUGAAAAAUCAGCUGUCAGAAAGGGCAGAUGAUCAUACUAAGUCCACACAAACCAUACAAGAGUUGCUUCAGAAGCUAGGCCAAAAAGAAGAGCAGUGCACAUUGAUCUCCUCUGAAUCAGAGGCUCUUAGAAGCCAGCUGGCAGGGAUGGAGAGGAAGUUGAAGGCUGGAGAGGAGAAGCUUGAGCAGCUUACAAGUGACAAGGCCAAGCUGCAAAGUGACAUCUCCGAUAUGAUGAAAUCCUCAGGCGACAGUUCAGCACAGCUCACCAAAAUGAAUGAAGAUCUCACAAAGAAAGAAAGGCUUUUUGAAGAGUUACAGACUCAACUUGCAAUAGAGAAAGAUCGGGCAGCAUAUUCUGAGGAGCAACUACAACAAGAAGUGGCCCGGAAGGAGCGGGACCGGAAGAGUGCUGAAGAAGAGCAUCAGGGUCAGCUCAGGAAACUCCAGGAGAAGAUCACACAACUGGAGAAGAGUUUGCAGCAGGGUGAGGCCCAGGCCUUGUUGCUGCAGACCUCCCAGCAGAAGGCCCUGUCUGAGGCGUCAGAGCACCAUGCCAGACAACUCCAAGAACUGCAGAGUCUGGCUGACAAGUCUAUGCAUGAGCUGAGUGUCUCCAAGGACAAGGCACAGGAACUGGAGAGACUGGUGGCCGAGCUGCAGCCAUUCAAAGACAAGGUUCAGUUUCUUUCUGCUGAGCUCGACUCCUCCAAGCAGCAUGUUGAACGAUUGUCCACAGACCUGGAGAAGCAAAUAUCUGAACUUGAGAAUAAGUCAAAGGAAAGCUUGGAUCUCCAAGCUCAGAGGGGAAUGCUUGAGAAGCAUCUUUUAGAACACCAGGCCAAACUCUCUGCCUCAGAGGCCAGUCACAAUGAUCUCUCGGGUAAGAUUGAAGAACUUACUACACUGAGGGACAAGCUUAAAAAAGGACAGGAGGACCUUUUGAUGACCAACUCUCAGUUGGAUGGAGAGAAGGCCUGCCUAUCCAGAGAGUUAGCAAAGCUCAGAGUUGCUCUUGAGGAGGCACAGGCCGCAAACAAAGGCCUUAGUCAGUCUGAAGCUGACCAUCAGUCCCAAAUUGAGGAGCUUCAAAGGAAAAAUGCAGAGAAGCAUGAUUUCCUCUUGAAGUUAGAACAGGAGAUCCAGCAGCAGGAAACUAAGAGGAAGCAAUUAGCAGAUGUCUAUGAGAAGACCUGUGAAGAGAGGAACAAGCUCCAAGAAGAGUUAAAGCAAAGUUGUGAGAAGCUGAUCUCUGAGAAGAAUACCCUUCUGUGUGAGAGGGAUGCAGCAAGAAAUGCUAAGAAAUCCCUUGAUGCAAGGAAUGUAGAGUUGAAAGCGAGGUGUCAGUCUUUGAAUUUGGAAAAAGAAGACCUCUGUGUGAAGAACGCUCAGCUGCAAGCCCAGACAGAGACCUUAGGCAAUGAUAAAGUAAAGAUGUUUGCUCAAAUGAAUGCCACCAUUUCUGACAAAGAGGCUCUCCAAGCCUUAAAUGCAGAUCUUCAGAUUCAGCUGAAUAACACUCAAAAGAAUCUUGAGAAGUCUGUUCGUGACAACAACGAGCUCAAUGCUUCUAAAUUGAGUCUGGUCAAGAUGCUGGAAGAGUCCAAGACCACCACUGAGGUUACUGACUCUGAGAGGCUUCAACUCAUGCAGGAGAAAGAGGACCUGCUGGCUGCCCAGCGAAAGGUUUGUUCUGAGAAAGAUGAACUUCUCAAGGAGAUGAAAGAGUUAAAGGAGAAGCUCAGACUUUCUAUUGAGGAAGUUGCUACUUCUAAGGAGAAAGUCACAGAGAUGUUUGCAUCUUAUUCUAAGGAAAAGGAAGCAGUUUGUCUCCAGAAUGCAGAGACUGAGAAGUUAUUAAACUCCUUACGGAAAGAGAAGAUUGCUAUAGAAUCAACACUAGAACAGCAGAAAAUGGAGUGUGACUGCUUGGUUCAUCAAAAUGAAGAACUUGAAGAAAAGCACACAAAGGAGGUCCUUGAAAAGGUUUCUCUUACUAAAAUGUGCAAUAAGCUUGCAGGUGAAAUCCAAGAUAUGAAGGAACAGCUGGAAAUCUCCUCCAAGGCCAUUGAUGAUCUGAAGCAAGCCAAUUCCCACCUUACGUCCUUGCUUGAGGAGUCAGCGCAGAAUAUUCAAAAGUUGGAGGUUGAGGGAGUUUCCUUAAAAAAAGAAAAGGCUGAUCUACUGGUACAGCUACAGCAGCAUGUAUCAGAGAACGAGGUCCUUGAAAAAAGCCAAAUUGAACUUUCAGAGGAGAAUCAUAAACUUAAAGGCAUCUCUGACCAGAUGUGUUUGGAACUCACUCAGCAAAGUGAUACCCUACGGAAAGAGUGCGACGUCCUGCUCUCCCACCAGGAAGAGCUUAACAAGAGCAUUGCCUCUGCUUGUGGUGAACGAGACAAAAUGAUAACUGAGAGAAAUAGUUUGCAUUGUCAACUAGAGGAACUUAAGACAACUCAUACUAGUUUGUUAGGUGAGAGAAAUUGUUUACUUGAGGAGAAUGCCCAGAUGCAAGCCAUAGUCCAGGACCUCACUCAGAAAUCUGUCACUGGAGACAAAGCCAUUGAUGAGUUGUCUGCCAUCCUUAAGGAUAUUGGAGAAGAGAGAAAAUCCUUGGCGCAAGAGGUAGAAAACUUAAAGACACUGCUGAAGCAAGAAGUGCUAGAAAAGGAUAGCUUGGUUGAAGACCGAAAGCAAAUGUCGGCCAAACUGGAGGAUCUUGGCAAAGAGGUCUCCUCCAUGGCUAAAGAGAAGGUGGACCGCCUAGCUAUGCUGUCCAAGCUGGAGCAAAACCUUUGCUCCCUCCACAGCAGCCAAGAAAGUAGUAAUGUGGAACACUCAAGGCUCCUGGAGGAGGUAACAAACUUAAAAGCUAUCCAGACACAGCUUGAGGCAAAUGUUCAGGCCCUGCAUGCUGAGAAAGCUGUGAUCGAGGGACAGCACAAAGUCUCUGUUGAGGAGGCACUUGCUUCUGCCAAGGCCCGGGAAGAAAUUGUUACCACCCUGGAAGACCUGAAGGUCCAGAAGGAUGCUAUGAUCUCAGAAAGGGACAGAUCCACCCAGCAAGUCACCCAGCUUGAGAAUCAACUCAAAACCACUCUUUGCCAGCAGCUUGAGGCUGCAGAAUCCUCAGCGAAGACUGCAGAGGCCAUGGGGCAGUUGAUUAAAGAGAAGGACCGACUGCUGCAAGAAAAGAGUGACACCCAGUCUCUGCUCGAUGAGUUAAGGAGUUCAAAGCAGGAGAUCACCAAUCAGCUGGAUGCCUUGAAACAACAGAAUUUCAAACUCCAGGAAGAGCUCAAACUGUCUAGGGAGCAGCGUAGCUUGGGAAACCAGAAAAUCAGCAGCCUUUCCCAGGAAAUUGAGGAACUGAAGAGCACUGCCUUAUUGAAGUCCCAGUCCUUGGUAGCCAUACAGCAGGAGAACACCAAAUUGACCAAUGAGCUUAGCAGCAGGGAGACCACUGACCAGCAGAAGUUGGAAGCUCAGCAAUCCAUACUCAACAAACAGUUGCAAGAAAUCAAACAUAGCUUGCCCAAUAAUACCUACCGAGAGACCAUUUUAAAGAAUCAGUUGGAGGAAGAGAAAGCCUCCCUCCAGAAAUGCAUUCAUAAAAGCUCUGAUAAGGAUCAGGAGCUGGAGACUCUGAAGAGUGAGUUAUCAGUGCUACGUGCAGAGAGCGCCACUGCAAUGACACUUAAGUCUACUGUCCAGUCUCUGGAAAAGGACAAGGCGCGACUGCAGCAGCUGGUUCAGAACCUGGAGAAGAGCCUUGCAGGUGGAAAGGAUGCUGUUUCCGGCUCCUCUGAUGCCACAGCUUGUGACCAACUCAGGGAGGAAAAGGUUACUGCAGAGAGUCAGGCAGCGAUUGAUUUCCUGAACUCUGUUAUCGUGGACCUGCAGAAGAAAAAUGAGGACCUUAAGGGCAAGUUGGAGAAGAUGGCCGAGGCUGCUCUCAAUGGAAAUAAUGCCAGCGAGCUUGACACCUAUGACAGCAGUUUGAAAGGCCCAUCCAAAAAGAAGGUCCCACCAAGGCUCUUCUGUGACAUCUGUGACUGCUUUGACCUCCAUGAUACAGAGGACUGUCCCACUCAAAUGCAGAUGCCGGACUCCCCACCCCACACAGCCUACCACGGCAGUAAGGAUGAAGAGAGGGCUUAUUGCGACAUCUGUGAGGCUUUUGGUCAUUGGACUGACAACUGUAACGACGACCAGACCUUUUAAUCUAAAGCCUUUGAGAGCCAUCUUUGGCAUAAUGUCAACUUUUGCACACAAAUCCAAUUCUUGGUGCACAAGUGCACGUGGAGUUCUCUACUGUAUGGGUGUGUUAUUUUGUGUGCAGGAAGCAUUUCAUGCUCAAGCCUUUAAGCGCUCUUAUGGCAAACUGUUCUUUCAAACAAUCAACUUAAUUAUCUAGACCCCCAUUAUAUUCACUGUCUUCGCAUCAACUGUUAAAAAGGGCAAAAAUAAAUGCAUAUGUACUGUAAUGAAAGGUUUUCAUUGGGAGUUGUGGAAAGUCGCUUUGUUAAUACCCUAUUGAGUGUGUGCAAAAAGUGAAAGGCUGUAGUUUUUUUUCUUUACGUCUGGACAUACUUUGUACUUCUCAGAAGUUUGCCUUGCCACCAUCUUUGUGAUAAUUGUGAUGGAAGGCAUUGAGAGGGGCAUGGCUGACACCUGCUGCUUGUCAGGGUUGGAGCUGUAAAACCCAACACUGGUUGACUUUCAGUAAAAAAAGACCUCACCUCGGCCACAUGGCACUAUGUAUUUUGGUCAGUGUUGAAGCCGCUAAACAAACCGAAAGCACUGCACACACUUUAUUCCUAACUUCCUCUCUGUUUAAAACUGUUGGUUCCCUUUUAAAUGGCCUUUACAAGAACAUUGCAUUGUUAAAUUAUCAUUUUUAAGAUAAAAUAUUGUCAAAAAUGGUAUUAUGCUAUACAUUUCUGUACCAACUUUUGAAUGUUGAAUCUGUACAAAAAUAAAUGCGAUUUAUGGAUACAUUAAAAUGCUUGUAUGAACACAUUUGCACAAGCUCAGGUUAAAUUACCCAUCAAAUUAUUUUCCAAUUAUAGUGUUUGUUCUCUACUCAAUUACUUUCUCAACACAGUUUUGUAAGAAGAUACUGUUGUUGGUUGCCAGGUUGAGUUAAC